AUGGAACUAAUAAUCAGGGACCGCUUCAUCGAGUUUGCUGAGAGGCACACCGCUGUGCACACAAGGUAUGGCCGCUCUGAAUCCACAGUACCGCAGACGCCAACGGAGAGGCUUUUUAUAGUCCCCCUUUGGAGCAGGCUUCCCGCUGAUUUCGAAGAAAACGCACUCGCGCUCUCUCAUCAAAUCAACGAGCUCCACUCGACGCACUUCCUCUUCUUGGAGCCGAAGCUCCGCCGCAAAGAAGAGGAGGACCAGCUGCAUACUUUAAUUGAUAAGCAGACGGCUGAGAUUCAAGCCCUUCUCAAGAUGUUGGAGCAUACGAUUGUUGUCGGCGCUCAGCUCAAAACUACAUACUCUGAAGAGGAAGUACGCAUUGUCAAAAGCAUCCAGACGCAGCUAACAACUCGCUUCAAGGAGCUUGCUCUACAGUUCCAGUCCGUCCAGAACAUAUUUGGAGCACUGUUGCGCCGGCGAGAGCAGAAAUCCAACAAGUACACGAAGAUUGGAAGCGACGCUGCCUACGAAACUGUCCAGCAAGAGGAGAGAGUUGCGCAAUUUCUCCAAAUGGGUAUCACAGAGCAGGACAUACAGGCUCUCCUGAUCGAGGAUAUGCAACGGGAUCAAACAAACAAGGAGAUCAAGGAUAUCCUCUAUAGUGCCCAAGAGAUUCACCGCAUGUUCGAGGAUCUUCACACCAUAGUAGUCGACCAGGGGUCGAUGCUGGACAGGAUCGAUUACAAUGUCGACAAGGCACUGGUGAGUGUAUCAAAGGCUCAGAUCGAACUGGAAAAAAGCUCGCGAAAAUCACGGCAACUGCAUUCUUAUGUGACGGCAGAGCGCCGUACUUUUGUGUACCUCUGCUCAGCAAGCGCCACUGCCACCUGCUUGCACUCUACUUGUUCUCCUCAUCGAAUACCAAACCAAUCCAAAGUAAGUCACUCCUAA